AUGCUUAAGCAAAGAGUAACUAUGGCUGAUUAUAAAAGACCACUUUCGUCUAUGGACGGGGCCGUCAUGGACUCGCAUGACAAAAAGCAUUCGAAGCCGGGCCGUAAGCCUAUUGAAUCUGAACCCAAGUCAAAGAGGACGGCACAAAAUAGAGCUGCCCAACGAGCUUACCGAGAGAGAAAGGAAAAGAAGAUGAAGGAUUUGGAAGAUCAAGUGAAGUCUUUGGAAGAUCGUAAUAUCCAAGCAAAUACAGAAGUUGAUUUCCUUAAAGCUCAAGUAUCAAUGUUAAAGAAUGAAUUGGCUCGUUUCAGAGGUGGAGAUGUUGGUGACCUCUCGAAUAAUUAUACCACUUCGACCAAUCCGGAAGUUAACUCUUCUUUGGCUAGCAUGUCGGAUCUUUCGGCCACCACCGCUUCGUUCCCUUGGUCCAAGCAAUCUCUUGCAUUGUAUACUUCGAAGGAUGUUUCUGAGGCUGAUGCAGUAAAUGUUCCUCAACGUUCUUCAACUUCAAGCUCAAUAACUUCACCUCAUGAAGUACGAAACACACCACAAUCAGACACCUCGUCAGCUCCAACAUCCGUCAAUCUAUCACAUUCGGCUUCGUCCUUGCCAACUAGUGAAUACAAUUUAGUGGGCAAGUUUGAAGAAGAAACUAACCCUUUUUGUGCCAGUCUCAGCGAAGCAUGCGGUACUAAAGAUAAACCAGUUCCAAAGUAUCUUCGUAAAUCUGUUUCUUCUAAUGGUUCUGGAAUAUCAACAUUAAGUUCUCAAAUACUACAUGGUGUUAAUAUGAAUUUGACGGAAGGUGGUGAGAAGAACCAAUCCAAUAGCAACAGCUCUGCAACAUCCAACACUACAAAUUCAAACAAUUCGCCGUUUGCUAACUUGGUGACACCUUCUUCUGAAAUACUGGAUUAUAAUAAUGAACCAUUCUUUAAUGGAUCGAACUCAGAAUUCAGUUUUGUUUUUAGUCCAGAUCAAGCUUUGGGAAGCAAUACAGGAACUUCCAAUGUUGGUAAAUUUACUCCAAAUGCAUCAGUUGAUCCAUUACUGUUUUUACAAGAGGACAAUUUUGAUGUUGCUUUAGCGUUUGAUAACAUUCCAGAAACCACCACCAACAAUGUAGAUAUUUUAACGAAAAAUGAUACUACCACUGCCACCAAUGCAGAAUUGAGUGCUCAAGUGGAUGCCACUGUUGAUGAUGUUGUUAGAUCAAUAACUAGUGGUGACAAACAAAGUGGCUUUGAUCAAAACGACACUUCUUUUAAUGAUGUUGCCUACAGCUAUAAUAACCCCCCCACAAACACUACUGCUACUAGUGGAAAUACCCCUGGAACUAUCAGGGACGAUACUGAUCCUCUCAAGAUGCUUGUUACUGAAGAUUCAAUAUAUGAUCCCUUGAGUGAUGUUAAUGUCAAUUUCAAUUUCAAUGAAUUUGUCAAAUCUUCUUUACCUAGUGAAAAGUCACCUGAAGACUAUGGAUUGAGACCAGAAUUAUCUCCCAAUGUUGCCUCGUAUUUGCCUGAAGGAAAAACAAGCACUGAUGCAAGAGAAGCUCCAGCUGUCGAAGAUGAUGACGUAGUGCCUGCUCCACAACCCACAUAUAGAUGUGCAGAGAUUUGGGAUCGGAUUACAAGCCAUCCACGUUACACUGAGCUUGAUAUCGACAGUUUGUGUGACGAAUUGAAGGUUAAAGCCAAAUGUUCCGAUAAAGGGGUAGUGAUAAAUGCCAGUGAGGUCAAUCAACUAAUAGAAAAAUCUGCAAUUCCUAAGAAGUGA